UGCACAGAGAGAGAAGAGAUCUGGAUAAUACUGCAGUAAAAGUCAGGAAACAGAACCACAGAAAACUAGAUCAGAACUGCACUAAUCUGCAGACUGAAGAGAAAGAAAGGAGAAAUGGAAAGAAAUUAAACAACAAAGAAGCCAGGAAAAAAAAGAGCACAGAGUCAUGCCAAGGAUAAGGAACACCCUGAAGAUGCAUUUGUCUGCUGUAUUGCCCUGCCUACUCUUAAUGCAGUUUAUGUGUACAGAAGUAUACACAGAAUGUCCCACUGUUUGCUCUUGUAGUGAGAGCCAUCGGACAGUUGACUGUUCCUGGAGGGGACUUCGACACCUACCUAUGGGCCUGCAGAGAAACAUUCAGUCCCUCAACUUGACUCAUAAUCGGCUAUCUGACCUGGACCACCACCUAAGCUCCUUCACACACCUGCGUAUCCUGGACAUCUCCUACAACCGACUUCUUUACUUCCCAGCCUCACUGCCUCGGGCACUGUGGGAAAUCAAUGUCUCUGGGAACCGUCUGCAUGUAUUAAACAAGGAUGACACAGCGUACCAUUGGAACCUCAGAGUGCUGGACCUCUCCAUCAACAAACUGGAGCGUGUAGUCUUCAUCAACAACACGCUGCCCAACCUGAAGGCUCUCAAUCUCAGUCACAACAAGUUCUGGACUGUACCAACCAACAUGCCCCAAAACCUGGAGGUGGUGGAUCUCUCUCACAACACUCUGGUUAAGAUUCUGCCAGGGUCGUUGAUCCGGCUAGCCAGGUUGGUUCGAUUCUACCUGCAUGCAAACCGUUUCACCACUGUCAGUGAAGGGGCGUUCGAGCAUCUCCAAAGUCUGAAGCUCAUCUCUCUAGGAGACAACCCCUGGGCUUGCGAAGAAAUGGCCAAUGUCAGCCACCUUUUGGAAUGGACCAAACACACUUCCGCCCGAGUGUUGGGCUGCCCUUGCCACACCUGGCACACCUGUGGGGAAGCUCACCUCUCCAGGAAGGAGAGCUGGCACUUUGGCACCUACACACUAUCCCCAUAUGUCUUUGGAACAGAAGAGCAAAGCUAUCCAUCCAUACAAGCAGUCACCACACACUUCUGGUCAGAUCCGACACUCUUAAACACACAUCACACUGGGAUUGACCAAACGGCCUCCCAUAGCCCAGAAGAGCAAGAGUCUUUCAGGCACAAUCUCUUCUUUACCUUGACUUCAAGGGUUCCUUAUCCAAACAUCCAUGCAACUAGAGAUGUCCCAGUCACGACAGGCAACUUCUUCACCAGCAGUGAGAUCAUGAUCUCAACCACCCGCAGGACCACCACUCUCCGAACCCGGAGUGUGAAGAGGGCCAAUCAAAACCUUGGUAGAAACACAAGCUCAGGAAGGGCUUCAAGCUCAUUCUACACAACAAUUUCCUGUAUGCUCCUCCUAAUAGCCAUGACACAAGGCUUCUGAAGGGUCCAAGAAUGUCAAGGGGUCCUUCUACAAAACUGCUUCAUCAAACUUUUCAAAGACACUAACAAAAUAAUAACAUGUUCUGCAUAUUCUGUUAUUAGCAGGGUUCCCAUAACUUUUAUUAAUGAAUUUCUGUGACUUUUUUUAGUAAUUUGUGAUUACUGGAUGAGGAUUUUUAAAAAUAACUGUAUAGAGAUUGCACUCACAAAGAGCAAUUUAAAAUACUUUUUUUUUUUAUCGGGUAGACAUAUUCACUACAGAAAUUUCCAUUACUUUUCCAUUACUUUUCCAUGACACUACCUUCUGACUUUUCCAGGCCUGGAAAUCACAAUUCUAAUAUUUCCAGGUUUUCCAUGACUGUGGGAACCCUUUAUUACGGCUAAUUCACACAUACUCCGUGAGCAGGGCAUGAGCAAUUCUGUCCCAUUGGGUUUUCAAAGUGGACACGUCUCCUGCGAGACAGAGCUGCAGCUGUGCUCAGAUUAAAAAGUUUUCUCCAAGUUCCUACAGCAACAGCAGGCAGUCACGUGCACUUGUUUAUCAGCAUACUUGUAAUAAUGUAAAGCCUAUAUUUCAAAGCCCCUUUCAAGGCAAGUCAGUCCACUCAGCGGCCAUCUUUAGAAUGCUCCAAAGGCUGGGUAGCCAUUUGUAUGUAAACAAGCAGAAUAUAAGUACAGGUCAUGAUUACGAUCAAAGAACAUAUUUAAAAUCAGCAGUAAAAUCUGAAAAUAAUAGUAUCAUAAAUUGUGUUUCUUUAGCUCAGAACAUGCUAAAAUAAACGCUAUUUUUCAAGCUGGUUCAACUAAUGCGCAUGUGCACUUUUACCUGUAAGACGGGACUUCCUUCACUACAGCGUUUCAGUUUCUCCCAUUCAUUUUAAUACCAUUGGUCUGUCUCUGUAUAUACAGUAUACAUAGCAAUUUAUUUAUUUAUUAUUUCCUAAGUUUAGUUAUUUUGUGUUUGUUUGUAUGCAGACCUAUAAAUUGUAGUGCAUUGUAGGUUUGGUUCAAAUAUUUUUCAUUUGCUUUUGCGUGUUUCCUAAAUUCUCCAGAUUAUUUAAGUUUUCUACUAUACCCAGAGUUCAGCAUAAGCCAAAGAGCAAAAAUAGGUUGAAUGCCGAAACCAUCCGCUAACUGCCUUGCGACUGGGAUGCUACAGCUCAUGGCUCCCGCUCGCAAUGUGAAGGCGGUAAUCUGUUAAUAUGGCACAGAGUAUGUGUGAAUCAGCUGUUAAUCUCAUUAACAUCUCAUGAAAACAUAAAAUGUACUAAAAAAAACCAACACAACAGUUUCACAGUGGAAGUAGGUUAAUAUACUUACAUGUUUAAAUGACAUGAGUGCCACAGCAUUUCAGAUAAGCAAAUGCAAAGGUUUUUUUUAAAACCAUUAUAUUA